ACGCACGCACUCUAGCUCCAUCUCCCUGAUUAAACCAGCAGGAGGAGGAGGAGAAGGGGGAAGGCAGUAGGACUACAAGGAAGGGGGGAUGACAACCAUCCGAGCUCCAUCCACAAACGCAUUGGAAAAAAAUCCCCCGCACCCGGCGACGAACGUCGCGGAUGAGGGCCCGGCCACCGGCAGAAGAAGGAGCACCCGCAGAAGAAGCAGCCAGGCCGGCGAUGCGGACGCUCAGCCGAACGACUACGACGACCGCCGAGUGAAGCCGUUCCCCUCGCCAAGAUGGUCCGCGUGGCUCGCGCGCUGGGUCUGAUCAUCCGUGCGUGGCGGUGCUCAUCCUGUCCGCUCAUCAGCUAACGUGUCCUCUCUGCGAAAGGACAGCCUCUUCGGACGCCCGUCGGGGGGCCAGGAUCAUGUUCCACGCGGGGCUUCCGAUCGCAGUUCGCCAUGAAUUUCCUGGACCCCUCCUUUAUCCCGCUGACCAACGCCCUGAACGAAGAGCUACAGGGAAAGCCGUCCAAGUGGAAAUUCAACAAGACUGCUUUUUUCCAGCAGAAGAAGGACAUUUUCAACUUCAUCGACAUUCCGCACAACUUCUCACUGACCAAAAGCAGCGUCCGUGUGGGCCAACUGAUGCACUUCGACUACUCCAGCCACAAGUACGUGUUCUCGAUCAGCAACAACUUCAAGUCUCUGCUCCCCGAUGCCUCGCCCAUCCUGGACAAGCACUACGGCACUUGCGCCGUGGUGGGCAACAGCGGCAUUCUGACGGGCAGCCACUGCGGCUCCGAAAUCGACCGCGCCGACUUUGUUUUUCGCUGCAACUUCGCCCCCACCGAGGUGUACGCCAAAGAUGUGGGUCGCAAGACCAACCUGACCACUUUCAACCCCAGCAUCCUGGAAAGGUACUAUAACAACCUGCUGACCAUUCAGGACCGUAACAACUUCUUCCUGCACCUGAAGAAACUGGAAGGUGCUAUUCUGUGGAUCCCCGCAUUCUUCUUGCAUACAUCGGCUACCGUCACCCGCACCCUUGUGGACUUCUUUGUGGAGCACAAGGGCCAGCUCAAGGUGGAGCUGGCCUGGCCCGGAAACAUCAUGCAUGACGUCAACAAAUACUGGAAGACAAAGAACCUUUCCCCCAAGCGACUGAGUACCGGCAUUCUCAUGUACACUCUGGCGUCGGCCAUGUGCGACGAGAUCCACCUGUACGGCUUCUGGCCCUUCGGUUGGGACCCCAAUACGGGCAAGGACCUGCCCUACCACUACUACGACAAGAAGGGUACCAAGUUCACCACAAAAUGGCAGGAGACCCACCAGCUUCCCAGCGAGUUCAAGCUCCUCUACCGGUUGCACCGCGACGGAGUCACCAAGCUCAGCCUGACACAUUGCACGUAGAUGGGGACGGGCGGGGGUUCGCGCACGACGCCACGCCCGGAUUCCGCAUGCCGACCUCUCAUUCCACACGUCUGCCUCGCUCGGUUUUGGUAUCGUUGUGUUAAGUAUUCCUGUCAGACGCCUCCACGACGCUCCUUCAGGAUGCCUGGUGGCAGUGGCAAACACAGUGGAACCUCUACAAGGGGAAAAAAAAAAAAAAGCCCAACACUCAAACCAGCUCAGACAACUCAUCCAACCACUUGUCCAUAUGGUCAACAUGCCCUGCCAACUCCAAAGUCAUCUUCCCUCCGGAUUCCAUCGUCCAUCACGUGUACUCAAAAUACACGGGGUGAUCUGUUGGACUUCGGAGGUCCCACAGGAGUCCAAGUCACGUUUUAAAAAGCCUUGAUAAAAGUUAGAAAAAAAAAAAAAAAAAAAAAAAACUGAAUCACUGCCUAAUCUCAGGGAUGGAGUUAGAUCAGUGUUUUGGAAAAUCCCAUCGAAGGCAUCCGAAUGCUCUUUUGGCCACAAGAUGAGUUGUCAGACAUCUGCACUAGUCUUGUUUACAACACUUCAACAACAAGUGUCCCGAUUCUAAACCUUUUUGGAGAAAUAAUUACAUUCCAAAUGAUAAGCCAUAAAUUCACAAAGAGAGAGAAAACAUAUAUAUAUAGAGAGAGAGUAAGUAUAUAUAUUUACAAACAAGCUGUUGCUGUAGUACUAAAUAUUAUCGAGUUUAGAGUCACUUUCUAAAAUAGAAGCCGUCUUUAGCCAUGCUCGGUAACGGACGGAAAGAUGUCAUGGUAUUUUAUAGCGCAGGGGGAAAUUUUUUUCCCCAAAAAAUUGAGUUAUCAUACUGCGAGAAUAAAGUUGUAAAAUUGACCAGAUUAUGGCAAAAUAUCACGAGAAAAACAAACAGGUAAUUUAGGAAGUAUAAAAUUGAGUAGUGUUUUUUUUACUUUUGUUUUCCUCAUGACACUUUUUUUUAUUGUAACACCAAAACAUCUGACUUUAUUUGACCUUAUUUCCUCUGAGAAGAUUCUCAUAUAAUUACUUGUUUUUUCUUCUCUGACCUUUUCACUCAACAAUUGCAAGACUUGUCUAACCAAAACGACACAGCUUAUUGAUAAAAAUAUAAUUUUCUUGUAAAAUGUCACUAUAUUUGUUGUAACAUUAUGACUCUUGUAGAAAAAAAGUUAAACUUUAAUCCAGUAAAAUUGUGACAUUUCUCCUAAAAAAGUUUAAUGCGCAACUGCAAAAGUAGGAAUUGUUUUUUUUGGGUCCUAGUGGAAUUACAACAUUUUCUUAACAAUUUUUAUCACGUAUAAAUCCAGACUUUCUAAUUGAAUGUAAUAAUAACAUGUUAGCUAGCGUGGCUAAAAUGCUAAGAAAAUCCACCAUUUUGAAUUUCACUUUCACCACAACACCCUUCAACUACAGUAUAUAAAUAAAACAUAGACACUACGUGA